GUCCAGGAAGAUAACGAAUUUGAAGGAGGGCAGAUGUGGGUUGUCGAGCGAGUCAACAAACUCGGGGUGCGGCUCUGUGUUUCCUCCCAAUUCAUAUUCUUGUAAUUUAAUCGAUUCUCCCACUCUGUUGUUUCACCGAAACCCAGCGCCACCCUCUCUUCAUCAUUACAAUUUUCUCACCUGAUCAUCACUGCCACCCGACCAAUUAACCAAUCUCAAUCCGGUGAAAACCCUAGUCAAUUCCUUAACUUUCACCAUUUCAUAUCAGCCGGCGCCUUUCUCUAUUGUCUUCUUUUUCCGUCCCCCGUCCAAUUAUUGUUCUUGGGUCAUCCUGAUCUGAACCUGCGGUGGAUUACAGAUUGAUCACGGAUUCAAUUCUGAAGAACCCACCAUAGAAUUUUGCAUUGUAACUGAGGUUGGAGAAAGAACAAUAGCAGUUGAUUUUCUUUGUCGAUAGUUUGUGGAAUGGCAGAUAAAGCAUGUAUCAAGAGGCUUCAAAAGGAAUAUAGAGCUCUUUGUAAAGAGCCUGUUUCACACAUUGUUGCUCGUCCUGCUCCCAGCGACAUUCUUGAGUGGCAUUAUGUUCUGGAGGGAAGUGAGGGAACUCCUUUUGCGGGAGGGUUCUACCAUGGAAAAAUUAAAUUUCCUCCAGAGUACCCAUUCAAACCUCCGGGAAUCAGCAUGAUCACCCCAAAUGGUCGGUUCAUGACACAGAAGAAAAUUUGCUUAUCUAUGAGUGACUUUCACCCAGAAAGUUGGAAUCCUAUGUGGUCUGUGUCCAGCAUACUUACCGGGCUUCUUUCCUUCAUGAUGGACAACAGUCCUACUACUGGCAGCGUGAAUACUACUGCUGCUGAGAAGGAACGCUUGGCAAAGGCAUCUCUUGCAUUCAAUUGUAAAAACCCAACCUUUAGAAAACUGUUUCCCGAAUACGUGGAGAAAUACAAUCAGCAGCAGAAAUCAGAACAGCUGGUUGCAGAACAGGCUUCACCGAAAUCACCAGAGGAAGGUGAAGGCAGGCACAUAAUGGAAAAGGUCAAGUCCGCAGAAGAGAACAUUAACAAAGCAGAUAGAGAGGACAUGAAAAGAAAUCGGAAGCAGUCGUUCCCUACAUGGAUGAUGUUGCUACUCUUCUCGAUCUUCGGCGUUUUAAUGGCAUUGCCUCUCCUUCAACCAUGAAACUCCAAAAUGGAAGGUCGCAUAGGUAAUGAUAGACAGACUAGUUUAUGCCAAGUCAAGGAUGCUCAUAUUUUUGCAUGUACUUAACAUAGUGUCUGUAUAGAUGGUCUGGUGUCUGUGAUGUGGCUUUUAUUUUGCUGAGAGUCUGUUAUGUUUGGAAUAGUUGCUUGAAAACUAAACCUCUUUGUUUGUCUAUAUAUGGUUUUAAAUACUAUUAAGUAUUAUAA